AUGCAGCCUAAGCGGAGUAUUGAAGAUGGGAUAACAGUUUGGGUGGAUGGUACCUUCUCACAUAUAUCUGGGAAAGCAGCUUGUGGUGGACUCAUCAGGAAUAAUGAAGGCAAUGUGAUGGAAGCCUUUAUGCUGAAUAUUAACAGUGGAGACCCCUUAGUUGUAGAAAUUUGGACAUGUUUGAUAGGAUUUAAACGAGCAUGGGAAGGGGGGCAUAGAAAAGUCACCCUAUUAAGCAACUCUUUGGAAGCUAUUCAGCUUAUAAAGGAAGGAGCCACUGAAAUUCAUGAGAAUUGGGACCUAAUCCAAGAAGUUGGCAACUUGCUCCAGCGACAAUAG